GCAGAUCAACCAGAGAAAUAGAAGAGAGAGAACUAUUUUGAAAAAACAAAAAAAAAGAAUCAAUUUUAUUUUGUUUAUUAUUAUUUUUUUCUCCUCUUGUAAGUUUCUAGUAUAGAUCAAAAUUAAAAGAGAAGGGAAAAAAAUUAUAAAAAGAAAGUGAGAGAAAAUCUUCAUCUUCCAGUUUCAAAGUUCUUAUACAUUUCUCACGCUAAGACACCUUCAAGCUUCUGUUUUUUGACGUUCUCUUUGUAGUGUACAGUUUGUUUAAACAUAAAUAGAAUUUCCCGAUCUGCUUUGUAACUGAAUUUGCUUUGCAUAAUCAAUUUGAAAACAAUUCAGAGGCUUAAAGGAAAGGUUGGAGGGGACAUAUUUACAGAGAGAAGGAUGAAGAUGCCUGUCCUUAUCAUCGUGCAUCCUCUCAGAUCUUAGCUUUGCAAGAUUUGGCUUUCUGGGUCUUCGCUAAUCGGUUUGUUGAAUUUUGGUCGAACAAUUGAUCGACGAUGGAUCCAGUGUUCCCAAAUUGAUUUUAUUUUAAUAUCUCUUCUCUUGGGAUAUACAUUUCCUGGAUUGUCUCUUGAUUCAAAAUAAGGGAAAGGAAAAUGCAAACUGAUAGUGGCAAGUUAUUUGUUGGUGGAAUAUCUUGGGAUACUGAUGAAGAACGUCUUAAAGAGUAUUUCAGUGCAUUUGGUGAUGUUGUAGAAGCUGUCAUUAUGAAGGAUCGGACCACAGGUCGUGGUCGAGGCUUCGGCUUCAUUGUUUUCGCUGAUCCAAGUGUUGCCGAUAGAGUUAUAAGGGAGAAGCAUAAUAUUGAUGGAAGAAUGGUUGAGGCUAAAAGGGCUGUUCCCAGGAAUGAUCAGAACAUUGUAGGUAGAACCAGUGGUAGCAUUAAUGUUUCUCCUGGUCCUGGACGCACUAGAAAGAUAUUUGUUGGGGGCCUAGCAUCUACUGUUACAGAGAGUGAAUUCAAGAAUUAUUUUGAUCAAUUCGGUACAAUUACAGACGUUGUGGUGAUGUACGACCACAAUACUCUUCGACCCAGAGGAUUCGGAUUUAUUACAUAUGAUUCUGAAGAAGCAGUAGAGAAAGUUCUUAUCAAGACUUUCCAUGAAUUGAAUGGAAAAAUGGUUGAAGUCAAGCGUGCAGUUCCAAAAGAGUUGUCACCAGGCCCUAGCCGUAGUCCACUUGGUGGAUACAAUUACGGUCAGAGUAGGGUUAAUAGCUUCCUUAAUGGUUACACUCAGGGGUACAGUUCAAGUACAAUUGGAGGCUAUGGUGUAAGAAUGGAUGGUAGAUUUAGUCCAGUUUCUAGUGGUCGAAGUGUAUUCACUCCAUUUGGUUCAGGUUAUGGAAUGGGUGUGAACUUUGAGAUUGGCGUAAACCCAGGGUAUGGGGGAAGUUCCAAUUUUGCCAGUAAUCUCAACUAUGGACGGGGACUGAGCCCUUACUAUACUGGUAACUCGGAUAGAUUUGGCAAUAUAGGGUACGAUAGUGGCAAUGGAGGAAACUCAUCCUUCUUCAGCUCAGCAACUCAAAACUUGUGGGAAAGUGGAGGGCUCAACAAUGGAACAAACUCUGCCAAUUCCAAUGCUCAUUUGGGAUCAGCAAGUGGUGGCAGCAUUGGGGGAACUGCAUUUGCCAAUUCUGGAGUUAACUGGGGUAGUUCCGGAAUCUCGUCUCAAGGUGGAGGAAACAAUGUUUUUAGUAACUCUGGGAAUCUUAAUUAUGGAGGUGUUGAUAGUAGUUAUAGUCUAGGAGCUGGAGGAUAUGGGAGGAACAGUGGUACUGUUUUGCCUCCAACAUCAUCAUUUCCUUCCUCAACUGUUGGUUUUGAUGGGAACUUUGCUGAUUUCUAUAGUGCCAGUUAUGGCGAUCCCACGUGGCGUUCUUCCAAUUUUGAAAGAGAUGGAUCUGGACCCUUCGGUUAUGGCCUUGGCAGUGCUGCUUCCGAUGUCUCAUCCAGAAGCUCUCCUGGUUUUAUUGGUGGUCAUAGUGUUAAUAGGAGGCAGUCAAACAGAGGAAACACUACCUAGGAAUGAUCGGAUAUGUCGACAUAGUAGAUGAAGAUAAUUGGUGAAGCAUAUGAAGUUGCGGACCAAUCAAUAGAAUAUUCAGUUCAAUUACCCAACAAAAAGGAAAAAAAAGGGGAAAAAAGAAGAAUUAUCUAAAGCUAACUGAGUGCCAAUGCUGAGAACCAAGCUUAGAGGUAUUUAGCCACUUGGGAUUUUGUGUUCAGGUUUGAGUUUUGAUUAGAAUUUUUUCUUUUGGUUUUGUUUUUUUUUUCUUCUUUUUAUAUUUGAGUGAGAUGUAAAA